AUGGUUAAUAUGGAAAGCGUUACCGCUGAAAAUGCAGAUACACCAAGUACAUCUCUUCCCUCAGAUGCUGAUGCCAAAUUAACUUUAUCCCAUGAGGAAAAGAUCAAGAGCCUUGAUAAGUCCAUAUCUGAAAUCCAUUUUAACUCAUCACUUGACAAUGUAGUUAGGGAACUUGAUAAAAUUUCGCUCCAGGCGGAAAAUGUUAUUAUGGGAAGCACAGACCUAGUAGACUACAGUGGAGACUCUAGUGAUACCCACGAGGAUGUGUGUUCUAACACUAAAAAGUUGACAUCCACAACUUCCGUGUUUUCAAAAUCUUCAUCCAAAGCAUCUGUUGAAAUGAAUCAAAAGAUAAACGUUGACAGUGAUGAGAAAAUAAAUAUACAUAUGAAGUCUACGCUAUAUCCACCUACCGUCAUUGUUAAUGAUGACAAAGAUGUUGUAUAUAUAACGCCGGAUGCGCUAAAAUUUACUCCAACUUCUGAGCAUGUGGUCGCUACCAUGAAGAAUGGCGAAAAAUUUCGCUUCAUCUUCUGCAAUCAGGAGUAUAAUGACGAGGAGAGACAGUCAAUUGAAAAUUACAAGAGAUAUGUCAUCUCCUGCAUAAGUAAUAUUGACAAAGGUGAUGCUGAUGCCAUAACUUUAUAUGGCGAGCAUUUCAAAGACUCCAUUUUCUCACAGGAUCAUUACAUUUUACGUUAUCUACAAGGCAACUCUUUUGAGCCACAUAAGACCUAUCUUGAUGUAAAGAAUCAUCUUAAGUGGAGAAGUGAAAAUUUGCCUAUAGACCAAAAACAAAUAGAACCCUUUCUUGAUAUGGGGUUUUGUUAUAUUUUUGGCAGGGACAAAUGUGCUAGACCCAUUGUCGUAAUUAGGCUUUCCAAAGCAUCCAACCUAAAGAAGGAGGUUAUGCUACGUGUUUUAUACUAUUGGUUAGAAUUGAUAUUGUCUAAGAUGUUAGUCCCUGGUAAAAUCGAGCAGUGGCGUAUCCUCGUUGAUCUAAAUAGCUACAACAUAUUCAACAUGCCCUUAUCAUUCCUAAAAGAUGCAUCCAAAUUUUUAACUGUAAAUUACAGGAGUAGGCUGACUGGCAUGGUAAUAUUAAAUGCUCCCUUUAUGGUUUCCGGAAUAUGGAAUGUUAUUAAGGGGAUUUUACCUGUCUAUACCCAGGAGAAAAUAAUAAUUACUUCACAUGCCACAUCUAAGCACUUUCUAUCACUAGUAGAUGAAUCUCAGGUCGAAGCAAGGUAUGGAGGGACUGCCAAGAAUAAUAUCAUGUUCAAACACCCUGUAUUCCCUCCACUCUCCAAUAAAUAG